AGAGGGUUUUUGUUUUUCAUCCUCAUCUCUCAUCUCUCAACUAUAAUUCAUCAUCUUUUCAAGAAUUUCUAGAUAGAGAAAGUGAAAUAACCAAGAGAGAAAAUAGAGAGAGAAAAUUAAGAAGAGGUUGCGUCUGAAACAAAUCAAACAACAUUUGGUGUAUGAAGGACAAAUGAGAUUAAUUAUCAAAGGUGAAAAACUCAUGGGUUUUGCUUGAUCGAUAACAACUUUGGUGAUCUGGGUUUGUGGGUUUUCGAUCAUUCCAUUUUCACAUUUCCUAGUAUGUAUAAAAUUUGCUUCAGAAAAUCGGGAUCUUGAAGAAACAGUUUGGUGAAUUCUUGGGCAAAUCGCGGGUUUAUUAGAGGUGUCAAAUCUUUGUAGACUUUCAAGAAGAUCAAGAAAACAUGUCGUGAAGUGUUUGAUAAAUUUCUUUAUACCAAGAUAUGGUGUUACAAAAGAGGCUAGAAUAUGGAUUCAACGGUUACAAGGUGCCCCCAACGCCUCGGGCUCCUAGAUCAGCCAGGAAAAGGGCUUCAAAAUCUUGGAAAAAGAACGAAGAUCGAAUGUGUGCAUUCGACUUACUAGCAACUGUUGCUGGAGAGUUAUUACAUGAAGGUGAUAAACCAAAUCAAGAAGAAAACAAAGUUUUUAAAACAGAAGAAAAAGAUUGUGAUCAAGGAAGCUGCAAUAAGAGCUUCUUUUUGUCUGAGAUUAUCUCAAAAGCUCCGGUUUCCGAUUCCGGUCCUACCUCCGGAAUCACUGUUUCCGACUUCUCCCAGAAGGCUCCAUCUGCUCCAAGAUCUGUGGAAAUUUGUAAAAUAGAAGAUACAAACAAUAAGGAAAUGACAAACGAGGUUCCCACCAAUGGGAAGCCUCCACUUGUCAACAAUUUAGAUAGUAAUGUAAAUUUAGUUAUUAGAGAUGAUGACGACAACUCUUGUGGAUGCACUCAAAAUAACAAGACUUUUGGGCCACCUUCACGAAUUGGUGACAGAAGAAUUAGAAGAUUAUUGGCAUCCAAACAGUGGAAAAACUGUCCAAAAUUAAACGAUGAUUAUCGUAACAAGAAAAGUUUCUAUAAACAUCAAAGAUCUUUAAGGGAUUACCCUUUCAAAAAACGAAAACUUUACCAGUUUGACAACCCUUCCAAUUCCAAUGAAGAUGGUUCCAGUUUGGGUCCCACAUCUCAAGAUCCUGCCUUUCAAACUCAAGAUUCUCAUGUGAAACUCAAGAUCAAGUCUUUUAGGGUACCCGAGUUUGUUAUUGAAAUACCCGAAACAGCAACUGUUAGUUCUCUAAAGAGAACGGUUAUGGAGGCUGUGACUGCUAUAUUUAGUGGUGAGUUACAUGUUGGUGUGAUGCUUCAAGGGAAGAGAAUUAGAGAUGAUGAAAAAACUCUUUUACAAACUGGUAUUUGCCAUGAUAACAAGCUAGAUGCUCUUGGUUUCACUUUAGAGCCUAAUAAGUUUCAAGAUCGGUAUGUGGUGUCGCCACCUGGCACACCCAAGUCAUUAACAAGGUAUUCUAAUGAAGUAGUAAUCCAGCAUGAUGAUGCAUCCGUGACUAAUUCUAGGACCAUAAUCGGUGUGGAUUCACGGGAACUGGUGGCGGUUCCGGCCGCCGACAGUGGCGGUGGACUGGCGGUGGUUCCGGUGAGGAAAUCAAAGCAUGCUGAGGUGGCACAACGGAGGAUUCGUAGGCCCUUUUCGGUGUCUGAAGUGGAAGCUUUGGUUGAAGCGGUUGAGAAGCUUGGAACAGGAAGAUGGCGUGAUGUUAAAUUGAGAGCUUUUGAUGAUGCAAAGCACCGGACUUAUGUGGAUUUGAAGGAUAAGUGGAAGACAUUGGUGCACACGGCACGUAUAUCACCACAGCAAAGGAGAGGUGAGCCGGUCCCACAGGAGCUCCUGGACAGGGUGUUGACCGCUCAUGCUGAUGCGAAAGACAAAUUUGAAGAUGGAGUCGGGUCAUCAGCAGGAAAAGGAGAACCUGCGGUUGUUGGCUGCUGUAGCGGUGGAGAUGGGGCUGCUGUACGAUCAGGAGUGGUAGCCAAGCUAGGCAAAUCAGAUGGCAGACAUAAAGAACAUGGAGAAUUAGUGGCUGCUAUAACUAUGUGCAUCGAGUCAGAAGGAGAUGAGUCCAGAAAUGAUGGAUCAGAUAGCGAAGAAGAAGAAACAUCAUCAAAUUCAGAGAAACCCAUAUGUGCUUGA